AGAAGAUGUUUUCUUGAAUGUAGGUGCCCGAAGGGUGAACAAGAGGAGGGUUAUUCCUUGUCUCCAGCCACAAUGUCAUCUUGUUUCUGCAAGAACUGGGUUCUUCUGAUCCUGCUUACAGGUCCUGCAGUAUCGGGAUCAGUUGUGAAAGGAAAUGUUGGUCAGAAUAUCACUGUGCCCUGCUUUUACCGUGUUAGGAGGGGAGAAGACCUCACGUCAAUGUGCUGGGGUCGUGGCAGCUGCCCUGUUUCAAAAUGCUAUCAAACCAUUAUCUGGACAGAUGGAUGGAAGGUGACAGAGCAGUACAACAGCAGGUAUACGUUGAAAGGGAACCUGCUGAUGGGCGACGUGUCCCUCACGAUCGUGAACGCCGAGGAAGCAGACAGUGGGAUAUACUGCUGCCGCGUUGAGAUCUCAGGGUGGUUCAAUGAUCAGACAAGUAAUCACAACGUUGUGAUAGAGAAAGCUAGGAUCUCUACUGCAAGUCCUCACACUUACACCUCUGAACAGACCUCAGCUUCUGGGACCGCCAGCGAGUCAUCCUUUACCAUUGGAAGAACAUGGCCAUCGGUUUCUGCUUCAGAAGCUCCUCAGACUGCCUCUAGUCUCUGCUCAAGCACCUCAGACUGCUUGGAUAUAACCUCAAACCUGCAGAACGUGUCUGUAUCACUUCCCAUUCAGCAGUAUUCAGAAAAUGGGGUGUACAUCGGGAUUGGUUUAUGUGCAGUACUUCUAGUCAUCCUGAUUUUGGCUCUGUUUCUCACUAGACAAUAUUUAUACAAUACGAAGAAGACGGGUGGCUUUGCAAACUUCAUUGCAUUUUGGAGGCCAGAAGGUGCAGGAAACCAUAGUGCCCUGGAAGAUGAGAUCCAUACAGAGGAAAACAUUUAUAUAAUACACUAA